UUGAUUUUAAGACUCCAAACUCGACCAACACAUACAAGUUUCGCGCAUUGUUCCCCGCCGCCGGAGGCUCAGCCGCUUGCUCCGCCGAACCCCGACUUGCACACAGCUCUCACGUUCUUCCUAUGGUGGCUCAGAGAAGACGAUAAGUGCAGAAUUCAGAAACCCUUGGAAUCUACACUCAAUGAUGGUUGAUUCAGAAGCAAAUGUGAAGAUGGAAAAUCGUAAGCGGAAGCGGAAGGAGAAACUCCAUGACCAACCCCAAAAACCUUCCAAACUACACCGUGUGGAUUCACCUCAUAAACCUCAGGACACUGGUUCUCACAGUCCCUGGAACAACCUUGAAUUGAUACUGUGCAUCAAAGACAAAGACAUUGAUCUUCACAGAAAGGUCAAUCAGGCAUUUAAUUUUGUGCAUUCAAUUGUGGAUGGUGGUGCCGACGACGCUGGUCAGCAUUGUGAAACUAUAAAGCUGCCAAGACUACUGUAUUACCUUAAUGAUUGGAUCUUGACAGUGUUGUUCCCUCCAAAUGGGAAGGAAAACUGGGGUAAUGGGAAGACACCUCAGGUUGAGGGAAUUGAGGCAUAUAUGGAUCUUCGUUGUUGGAAAAUAUUCAAGUUCUGCUUGCAAGAGUCUUUGAAGUUUUCUGUAUCUUUGAACAUGUCCCGGAACCUCCUACAGACUAUUCAGUUUAUUGCCAGAAAUGCUUUGUCGCUACUGGAGGACUCAUCGAUAUGUUCAGGAGAACUUCAUGUAUCCGAUGAAAGGUCUAAACUGUAUGAUACUGUUCUUGAUUGUGUUUCAUCCGUAUUCUCAUCCCAUGGUGGGUUGUCAAAUGAAAACUUGGACUUGUGGGUUGAAACAGCAAAGGUAGCACUCGAACUUGUCCUUAAAAUGUAUAGCAAGAACCUUGAUGAUAGCGUUGUGGGUACUUUUGCACUGCCCUUUUUGUGGUCAGUGCUUCAACCAUUCUCCAAAUUUUUAAUGGUCCAUCCAGCUAGGAAAGGAUUUCAUAAUUUCGUGGAUAAACUUCUCGAGCCACUUUUGCAUAUCUUGGGUGAGUUGCAUCUUCGGGUUAAUGGAAGCGAUCCCAUUUGGAUGGGGAGAUUAACGAAGGUGGUGGAAGAAGUUCUUUCCCAUGGACUUUUUCAUCCAGUUCAAAUUGAUGAGUUUUUAAGCUUACAUGGUUCUGAAAAGUAUGUUGCUUCAGGUGAUGAUAAAUCAAAAGACUCAAAAGGAACUAUUAAGAGCUAUCAUAGACAUUUAUUUGACGUGCUGAACAAAAUUAUUGUUAGGAAGAAUGCUACGGCAAUGGGAAGCUUAGGCUUGAUAUUUCGUUUGUAUGUUAAUUCCGCAAGAAAGUUCAAGGGAACUUCAGUUUUGUAUGAAGGGAGCAAGACAGUGGAGAACACGGAUGCUGUAAGGCAACCAGUGCCAGGAGAAAAUCAUAGCUCAAAUAAUAUUUUUGCAGACACUCAAAAAUCACUUUUUAAUUUUUUUGUACUGAUUAUGGAACCUCUUUUGAUUGAGAUUAAUGCCUCUCUCCAAGCUAAAAUGGAUGCGGAGCUCCUCUUGCUGGAUCUUUAUGGUCUACUCAAAUCUAUCAGUAAUUUGCUUACUAGUUUUAUGCAAGAGAAAGUAUACGUGAAAACAGAGGACACGUCUGGAGGAUCUUACCUUAAUUUCUUGAAGAAAAUAUUUAAUACACUGAUAACUAGUUCCACUAGUGUACUCUUCCUGCCCAACAAAGAUACAACUCACAUGGAGAAGGAAAGAUACAUUUUAUCAGCUAAUGAGAUACUAGUUGGUAUCGGACAUCUUUUAGAAAUUGAAUAUGAGGUUAUUGGAGAAGAUUUGGUGAAUUUAUGGGUUAUUAUGCUGUCAUACUCUGCCAUCAAUUGCAAUUUGAUGAAGGAUUUUGGUCAAUGCUCAUUAGCUUCCACUGUACCUGCCUUAGGGUGCCAAAUAAUUAAUCUCUACAGCCAACUUCGCCAGGUGAAAAUUGCUAUUUUGGCAUUGUGCAAAGCAAUAAGGCUUAUUAUAUCUCAUGAGGGUAAUGCUGAAGAAAUUUCUUCUAGAUCCUUGAAAUUUUUGUCUAAUGAAGUUUAUUCAGAAUCAGUUGAAAGGCUCUUAUCUUCACAUAAAUUCAUCCAUGCUAUUUAUAAAGCCAUCGAAUCUAUUCCAGAAGGACAAGUGAGUGGGUGUAUCAGGCAGUUAUCAGAUGAUAUAUCAGAAUCUCUUCAGUGGAUGAAAGAUUGCUCUCCGUCGGUUGAUGGGAAGUUACAAAAUUUUAAUCUGCACGCCGAACUCUUGGGCAGAGGGUUGUCUAGACUGUAUUGUUUAGUGCUUGAUUCAGUCACUAUAACCGAAGGCAAUAGUAAUCUUCUUGGAGUUGCUCUCAAAGAAUCAAUGGCAUUAUUGCGUCCCUACUUGAGUAUUCUUGUUGGACAACAAUCAGAUACUAUUUGCAAGUUCUUGUCAUCUGUCAUUGGAAAGUCUGUUGAAGUGGUUGGGAAGGGAAAGGUUUUGAAGAAGUUCGGUAGGUCUAGUCAAUGGGUCUUUGUGUUCUUUUUUCAGUUGUUUGUGUCCUGCCGGAGCUUACUUAGGCAAGCAAUCAGCCUUAUGCCUCCUAGUUUAUCAAAGAAGAUGUCUGCUGCUGUGGGAGAUUACACAGCAUAUUCUGCUUAUGAGUUGAUGGAGAAGAUUGAUGAGAUAGACAUUGAUUUUUUCUCAUGGAUUGUUCAACCUUCUUCUUCCCUCCUUGCUGUUAUGCAAUUUAUUUCUGACAUAUAUCUUAAAUAUAGCCCGGAUGAUUCUUUUCCUUUGAUCUAUAUAUUUCAAUCCAUGGCUCUUCAAAGGCUUGUUGACUUGAAUAAGCAGAUUAUGCUGUUCAAGUAUUUGCAAAAGAAGAGUUACAGAUCACGAAUCAAGGCACUGAAGGAAGAGGCUGCUGGACUUACUAAUUUUAUUAUGGAAAACUUAUCAUGUAUAUAUCAAUCCCCAGUCUUUGUUUCUGAUGAUGUAACUUGUGAAGAUGUAGUUUCUCUGGCUCCACAAAGCAAUGGAUGGAACCAAGGAGUUUAUGCUGCCAACAAGAAUUCAUUGCCAAUAGCCAUUUGGUCAAAUCUUUGCAAAAAUGUCGAUACUUGGGGCAACCAUGGUUCCAAGAAGCAUUUGAAAAAGUUCAUCUCACAUUUACUCCGUACUUCCCUUCAAUGUUUAACGAGCAGUUUUCCAGAGCCUGAAAUGCGUGUAAUUGAUGAGUGUAAGCUGCUCAAGAGAGUCACUUUGCCACAAAUAUCUUUAGACCUUCUAAGUGAUUCACUUUUGUAUGAACAAAAAUUUGCCCACAGGAAUCUUCCCGCAAUAUUUUGCGGCGUUCUAGAGAAAUAUGUGCUGCCGUUAUUUAGUAGUAUCACAAGUGAGAGUGCCAACCUUCAGUCAUCGCCUAACUGGGCUGAGUUUUCAAGUGCCCUCGACAUCUCCACACUUGUUGAUGAAAAUAAAAAGGUUCAAGUUGAUUGUUCUGGAGUUGAAAAGUCAAUUGCUCCAUCAUGUGACAAACUUCCUUCAGAUACCGGCAGCAGAGUCAAGACCUUUCCUAUGGCUGUCAAAAGUUUUACAGAUUGCAACCAUUUGCUUAAUCUCUUAUGUUUGAUGCCUGAUAUAAAUGCAAGAUCAUUUUCACAAGUUGUGACUUGUAUUUUCAAUCUUGAACGGCUUCUUGUCAGUGCCUUGCUUUAUGUUCGGAGCACAGUGUACCAGGAUUAUUAUUGUGAGUAUUUGAGAUUAUUUGUCUCUUGCCGGAAGGCCUUAAGGUAUAUCUUCAUGGGAUUUUGUGAGAAGGCAGACACUAUCCAAUCCUCAUCAAACUCAAUAAUUUCCGGAAGUUCAUUUCCUGCUUUAUGGCUUUCAAAGUCAUUGUCUGUGAUUGUUGGGAUUCAAGAGACAAUGUCAGCAGAAAAUAUUGCUCUAUUUGAGUCCCUGAUGUUUUCUUUAAUGGAUCACACAUCAUAUGCCUUGUUGGGCUUAGGAAAAUAUCAAAUUAUUCAUGUUUUUUCCACCAAUAAAGAAGCUGAGAUGACUUGUGAAGAGAUCUGCAAUCAAAAAAAUAGCCAUGCAGAGAAUCAUUUGUCUUCGCCUUCUCAGUAUUUAGAUUCUCCCAAGCUUGAGGCAUUGAAAUGUUUAACCUUUGUGGCUGAGAAUUUGAAAGGGCAGAUACAAAGCUUGCUGGUUUCUCAAAAGGAUAUCCCCUGCUGUGUCAAUAUGGGAUUUGGUCUUACUUAUGAAAGCAUUAAUAGAUUGUCUUCUGCUGUUUCGUGCUUUAGCGGAGUUUUGUGGGGCCUAACAUCUGUCAUGGACCAAACUGAUACAACAGAUAGUGAUCAUAAAGAAGGGUUGAUGUGGAAAAGUGAAAAUGCCUCUGAACUAUAUCGCUGCAUAUUUUCUCUUAUAGAAGUUAUUGAUUUUUUUGUAAGCAAACUGCUUAUUGAAAAUAAUCAGCUCUCGAAAAAUUUACAUGAUAGCCAGAGUUUUGAAAAGUCCGUCCUCAAUUUAUCUCUUUUGGAUACAAAGUAUUUGUCACCUGAAUGCUCAGUUUCUAGGGCUAAUAGCUUGGCUGGCACACAACAAGAAUCUAAAGCUGCAGCUACUUGUUCUACUUCAUCAGUAACUGAUGAUGUCUCCAAAAGUGCCAAUGAAAAUGAAAAUGAAAAUUCUGUCGCUAGUGUUUUGGCUAGGGUUGAUUCCCCUGAGACACAACGUCUGAAUAAGCCUUUGUUGCAAAGCUUGGUAAAAGGUGAUCACCCUGAAGCAGCUUUUUUCCUGAGACAACUGUUAAUUGCUUCCUCAUCCCUUUUGAGACUAAAUUUGCAUAAGGAUGAUUCUUCAAUGCGUUCAAGUUCUGUGCGUACCUUUAUUGAAAUAUCACGAGUCUUGUUAUUAGAAUUCACAGAGAUGGCUGUGGCCCCUAAACAAUCGGCUUUUCUUUUGCUAGAUGGUGCUCUCAGCUAUAUGAGAGAGUUAGCAAGGUAUUUUCCUUUGACUGAUCCUACCUUGUCCAUGAAAGUAUAUACAGAAUUGAUAGAGAUUCACAUGAAGGCAAUAGGCAAGACCAUAUUGUUGCAAGGAAAAAGGGCAACGCUAACCUUCCAUGAAAGACAGUCAAGUACCAAGACACUUCAUAAAGGAUCAUUUGAAGCUGACUCUUCCGAAUUUUUCUGCUUUUGCUUGGAUGAAUUUAAAACUAGACUGCGGAUGUCAUUGAAAGCAUUUAUAGAGAGACAAUCAGAGUUGCAUCUAUUGUCUACUAUACAGGCCAUUGAGAGAGCUCUAGUUGGAGUACAAGAAGGAUGUACAAUGAUCUAUGACGUCAACACAAGUAAAAAUGGGGGAGAAAUUUCAUCACUUGUAGCCGCUGGCAUUGAUUGCUUUGACAUGAUUCUUGAAUUUGUUUCCGGUCGGAAAAGCUUGAAGCUGAUUAAAAGACACUGUCAGAGCUUAGUAGCUGCUGUUUUCAAUAUUAUUGUGCAUUUACAGAGCCCACUUAUUUUCAAUGUGAAGUUGACAUCUGGAACAGUGGGCAGUACUCCUGAUCCUGGGUCGGCCAUUCUCAUGUGUGUUGAAGUACUCGUUACGGUUUCAAGGAAACUUGCUCUAUUCUCGACAGACGUGUGGCAUGUGGGUCAUUUGUUACAUAUCCCUGCUGUGCUCUUUCAGAAUUUCCAUCAGCUUAGAAAUUCUAAAGCUUCUGCUCCAUCAGAUUCAUUUAUGAUUUCAGAAGAGCAAAUUUCUCAUCCAGCAGAGAGAGUAAAUUCAUGUCAUGUAGAUCACCAGUUCUCAAUUAACCUAUUUGUUGCAUGUUGUCAACUAUUGUGGACUGUUAUAAGGCAUCGUCCAAGCGAGUGCAAGCAGUGUGUUGCCCAUCUUGAAGCUUCGGUUGCUGGUCUUCUUAAUUGCUUGGAGACAGUUUUAGACAACCAAUCAAUGGUGAAUAAGGGUUGCUUUUCUUUACAAGUAGAAGAGGGGGUGAAAUGUGCUUGUUUUCUUCGAAGAAUUUAUGAAGAGAUAAAACAGCAAAAGGAUAUAUUUAAUCGGCAUUGUUCUCUGUUCUUAUCCAACUACAUAUGGGUUUAUUCAGGAUAUGGACCGAGAAGAAGUGGUAUCAGAAGAGAAGUAGAUGAAGCUCUAAGACCAGGUGUCUAUGCUUUGAUAGAUGCUUGCUCAGUUGAUGAUCUCCAAUAUCUUCACACUGUUUUUGGAGAGGGACCUUGCAGAAAUACCUUGGCAAGUCUUCAACAUGAUUACAAACUCAAUUUUAAAUAUGAAGGAAAAGUGUGACCUUGAAAUCCUGUUGUUGGUAAAUUUUUGUGCCCUCUCAUUUUAUCCCCACAUAGAACGCUUUCCACUGAGAUAGAUAACUUGGAUGUGUCAACUAUCAUUCGUGGAAAUCCAACUAUUUUUAUGGCAUGUGUAUUGUGACGUAGCCAGAUCGUCAACACCUCCCAUCCAUAGCGGGAUACUUUUUUUCUUGUAGAUGCUCGCAUCAUAUAUUUAUGGCAUACCCAUCAAUUGGGGUGUGGAAGAAACAUUAAACCAAGGAACUGUACUUGCCAUUGACAUAACUAUGUUUAGCAGUAAUUAGUUUAGUGCUUUACUUUAGUAGGUAUCCUUGAUCUGGUUGUUGUAUUUGCUAAUCCUUGUUUGAUUAUCGCUUAAAGUAAAUGGCUUGUUAAGUAAUCCAUUGUCUUUUGGGACAAUAUGGUGCUUAUGCUCAUUCAAGUGACAAGCAUUAGCAUUUCAAAGUGUACAGAAACUUGCUUACUUUGGCUGGUAUGUUGCUAAAGUGGGCACCGACACCUUAUUUCCUGUAGGGGACGUUUUGCCUAAUAUGAUUGACGUUUAAUAUUGAAGCUUUUUACUCCCAUUUUUUAUGGAUGGGAAAGAGCCCCAAAAUUUUGAAUCAUUUAAUUGUUUUUAUCCUAUAUGGUUUUUUUUUUAGAUAAGCUUUUUCCUAUAUAGUGAAAAGGCCAAUUCCAUGAAUCACGAAUGAGUUCGGUAUGUGACUUAUUCUAUGACCUUUUGGUUAAUGUAAACAAUUAACCUUUGUUUAUGUUUGCUUGUGAAUGAUCAAAUACGUGUCUUCACUAUAUAGAUUUUUCUUUUAUGCUAUAAAAUCAGUCUUGGAACUUCAGUCCAAACGCCAGCUCAAUAAAGCUUUAUGACGCUGACAUAAAAUAAGAUUUGUCUUUAAUUUUAUAAUAAAUUAAAUUUCCAUGAUAUUAAUCUCCAAACCCUCCCUUUAUUCAUAUCUUCUAUAGUGUUAUAUUGACCCCACAUUUGGCUGUGUUUAUGAUAAUAAUAUCGUCUUUCUUACGGAAUUAUGAUAUCCUAAAAGAUAAUGUCAAGAGGGCAACUACCAAAUGUGUGAAGGACAACAAUGUUGUGAUUAACAUAUUGGUUGUUGAGAUUCCUCACUGAUUUAUAAAAUUCCAAGUGGAUCUGGGCUGAACCUUCCUUUCAAUUGUAUAUGAUCGUAGUGGAUAGUGAACCCCUUCUAUAAAUUUUUCUUCCUAUUUCCUCAGGCCUUAGGAUAAUCACUUGAUGGGUUACUAUUAUUGUAAGCCCAGGGGUUAUGAUACUGGCACCCCAAAUGUAGUUCUGAUCUUGGCAGUGGCCUUGGUUCUUCUGUUCAUCCCAAAGCUCUUUUCAGGUGAAGCAGAAGAGGAGGAGGAAGAAGAGGGUAUUUCCUCAUCUUUUGUUGUACCAAUACUUGUAUUACUGAUCGUGCUUUUGCUUUCAUGGUUGGGAACUCCAAGAAGGAAGGUUUAUGCCAAGCCACCAUACUGUCACUGUAUGCAUGCCUGCCAUUGUUACUGGUAGUGUUUUUCCAAGAGCAGGAUGUGGAUGAUUGAUCGGUACUUUGUUCUAUGUCAUCCUAAAAUCUCAGGCCAUUAAAUAAGAUACUGCACAGGAAUAGAGUGAGCUUGUAAUUUAUGAGCUUUGUUCCAUUGCUUCUAGUGAAAACUAGAAGAAAGAUUUAAUGAUACUAAUGUGUCACCGGACAUCAAUUAUAUUUUUCUUAUUUAUUAUA